AUGUGGAGCCCGCCAGGCUGGGAGCCAGUGCCCGGCGCAAACGGCGCCGGCUACAUUCAAACACCGGCGGCGGAUCCGGCCCGGGCCGGAAAUGCCCGGCGCAGGAGGGAGGGAAGGCCUUGCGAGCCGCCGCCGCCACCGCCGCGCGCACGCGCCCUCGCGGGCUGGGGCUGGGGCUGGAGUCGCAACUCGGAAGCCGGGGCCCGGACGGGCCCGGAGCGGGGGGGCUGCGUGGGGGCGGGAGCGGCGGAGGCGGCCGCCCCUGGCGGCAGGUUUGUUUAUCCCGGGGAAGAAGUUUAG